AUAUAUCACUCAACAGCAGGUGUAUGUGCCCCUAACCCCACCACCACAUCUAGACUAGGGCUGGGGCAGGUGACCUGAUUUGUUUACUCAGGCAAAGGGCCUCACCUGGGCUCAUCCCAGUCCCAGGUGAGUCAGCUGACCACGGCACCACCCUUCCCCAAGCAGGAACCCAGCUGGGACAAGGGCCACUACCUUCCAAGGAGAGAAACAGACUCGGCAGUGGCUGGAGAAGGACGGGCAGCAGCACCUGGCACAGCUAGAAGUACCACUCCUCCAGGACAGACUGGUCGGCUCACCCCCUUCUCACCGUCCCCAGAACAGUAGGGGCACUUAGUGCUCAGUAGAUGCACUGAAGGAAGGAACCAAGCUAACGAUCCUGCACACCCUCUGGUGUUAAGGAACAGCCAUGUCCACCCUGUACCCAUCUCUGGAGGACCUGAAGGUGGACCACGCCAUUCAGGCCCAGGCCAGACCACACCCAGGAUGUCCGCCCUGCCGGUCCAGGGCACGGCUGUCUCCCAGCCUUCAGACAGUGGUCUCGGGCCCCUCGCCGGGCAUGCUGGUGGCGCCGGUGUCUGGGAACAGCCUGGGCACGCGGCGUGCGGAGAUCAAGCCUGGGGUGCGCGAGAUCCACCUGUGCAAGGAUGAGCGUGGGAAGACCGGGCUGCGGCUGCGGGCCAUUGACCAGGUAGGGCCGGGGGCCGGCCGGAGGGGACGCACCGCCGAGGACAAGGGAGCGUCUGAACAGCGCCCCCUCCGCCCCCCGCAGGCCCCAGCUGCGGGCACUCCCUGCUCCCAUUACGUCCUGGGCUUUGCCCUGUUCGGCGCACUCGCGUCAGCGUCAGGGCCGGCAGCGCGGUGGAGGUGGGGUGAGGGGGCGGUCGUCCCCAGUAGGGCAGGUGCAGAGCCGCGUGCCGCCUAACUCCCAGGCGCUAGCUGUUCCUCUCAGUUGCCUCCCCCAAGGCCUGGGGCUGGCCUGGGUUGCAGCAGCAGGGAUGGGUUGCCCCUCUGGGGGCUCCUGUGGCUCAGAACCUCCCUUCCUCCCUACCCAACAA